CUCAUUAAGUACUAGAGGGAGGGAGGAGGUUGCAGCAGUAUUAUUUAUCAGAGCCAUUAGUUUUUAUUCAUGCACAGAAGAAGAUUCUGCUAGCAAUGGACUUUGAGAUAAUACAUUUCCAAACUAUCAGCCCCAACUAGAACAACUACUACAGCAACAACAAAAAAAAAAAAAACCCUUCUUUUGUCUCUGAAAUCUCUCUAUAAUUGACAACUUGCUAAUCCUUUUAAUUGGUUCUUUUCGGCUUCUUUUUCUACUCAAAUAUGUUGAAUACAACAAGUGCCAGAAAUAGCCUUCUUUUUACUGCAACUCAAUGGAAUGAGCUUGAACACCAAGCUCUCAUUUACAAAUACAUGAUCUCUGGUGUCCCUGUCCCGCCGGAACUCCUCUAUUCUGUCAAAAGAAGCUUGGAAUCUUCUUUGGCAUCAAGACUCUUUCCUCAUCAACCUACAGGGUGGGGUUGUUUUCAGGCGGGUGUUGGCAGAAAAGCAGACCCAGAGCCAGGAAGGUGCAGAAGAACGGAUGGAAAGAAAUGGAGGUGCUCAAAAGAAGCAUACCCAGACUCCAAGUACUGUGAGCGGCACAUGCACAGAGGCAAGAAUCGUUCAAGAAAGCCUGUGGAACUUGCAUCAACUACUACAACAGCAGCGGCAGCAGCAAUUCCUUUAACAUCAAUCAACAGAAACCUCUAUAACAACACUGUUUCGCCCUCCAGUUCCUCUUAUUCUUUCUCUAACCUUUCUUCAUCUAUGGAAUCUGAAAUUUAUGCCCAUCAAGAUUCUAGCCGCAGCACCUUCCUUUAUCCUCAUUCUUCAUCUUCUGGUCCUCCAGCUGGUUCUGGUUUUUCACCUCAAAACAGCACCACUCAUAACCUGUUUUUGGACUGUGGAUCUUCUCCUCAUGCUGAUAAAGAGUAUAGGGAGUGUAUGGACGAGAGAGCUUUCUUCCCAGAUGCUUUAGGGAGUGCAAGAGGCGUACAAGACUCAUACAAUCAAUUGACAAUGAGUUCCUACAAAGGUUACUCGCAGUCACAGUUUCAAAGCUUUGCUAAUACUUCUAAAGAAGAGCAGCAACAACCAGGGCACCAUUGCUUUGUUUUGGGCACUGAUAUUAUCAAGUCAUCAGCUACAAGGUCAAUCAAGUUGGAGAAAGAACCUGAAACCCAGAAGCCAUUGCACCAUUUCUUUGGUGAGUGGGAACCGAAGGAUGCAGACUCUGGGCUUGAUCUUGCAUCCAGUUCAAGACCUGAUCACGACACUGGUUACUCAUGUUUCGCAGAUGAAUUGAAGUCUCAAUAA